ACGCUUUUGUUGACAACCGGGACAAGUUUUGAAUCGUAGACAGGUUAUGGAACAAGCAUGAGUGGGGGAAAGGUCAUUUCUCUGGCAAACCACAACAUAAAGCCAAGUUCUCGCCAUUUAAGUUCAUCAUUGAGACGUUCAACUUCACUAGGGACGGAAUCUUCCUUUCAAUUUCUAGGGGUUCAAGAAAGACGGGAGGCAUCUACAAUGAUGACCUCCUCGGUUUGUUCUUUGGUGUUAUUGAAAUACAGUUUGAUAUUUACCGUGUUAUUGUUAGUAACUGUCAAAAUACCACCAUGUGAAGGCGGCAGUGUGGAGGACUAUCACAGGAGGUAUGGAGAACGUGCCCGAGCCGCUUGGCUGGCAGCGACGCAGCAUAGGCGAGAUAUGAGACGUCUUGGUGGCGCUUCCCACCGUCGGUCGGAUGUCUCUCGGGAUCUGCAGGUCCACCCCACCUCCCACCACCGUCACUCCAGGGAGGUCCACGAAUCAGCCGACGAGUACCUGAGUCACCAGUCCUUGGGGAGACAUCGCCGCCACGUGGACGGAUCGGGACGCGGGUCGAGCACAGCCAGGGGAGGAAAGUAUGGACACGCGCUGUUAUUUACCGGGGACGCCCAAGUUUUGCGAUUGAAGCCCAGCGGUCGGAAUGUUGCGUUCGAGAUUCCAAAGAACGAUUUUACGGUGGAAUUUUGGCUGAAACCCGAGGGCGGCCAACUGGACGAGGUCCCCAUUGUCGGCGUGUUUGAUACCUGUGUCACAGAAACUGGUCAACGACACCCAGGAACCUGGCAAAUAGGGAUAAAAGCUACGCGGAAAAACGAAAGGAAAGAUGCGCGCAUCUUCUUCUCGCUUUAUACCGAGCGAUCUCGCAAAGGCACAUUAUUAACAUCGUCCAGAAAUUAUAUUCCCGAGAAGUGGGUCCAUGUUGCUGCUGUUUAUGCCAACCAUAAAAUGAAAUUUUAUCUAGAUGGCGCCAAAGUGGCUACUGAUACAACUCAAAGAGGGGAUAUUUUCAGUGAACCAUAUCAUCGCUGCAAACAAUUUGAAAUUGGCGGAGACGCUAUUGCGAAGCGAUAUUUCCGAGGAUCAUUAGACGAAAUACGCCUCUGGAGAAAAGGGCUGCAUCACAGCGAAAUAGUUCGUCAAAUGUUUGAGGGAAAGACAACCGCACGACACCAAAACCUCGUUAUAUCGUCCAACUUCAACACCCUUACAGGAUGGGAACUAGAAGACGGCCACAACGAACCACUCAGGGUAUAUUCCACCAUUGAUGAUCACCGGUUCGACAUGGCACUGACAACGCCGCCUUGUGGCCGAACGGUCUGCGAUGACCCAGAUGUAGUCCGGAGUUACGUAGCGCACCCAGAACUGCGCGCACCGAAAGAACUUCGAUACCGUUUAAUCAACGUUUACGAUGAUGAUGGCACAAACCCAUCCGUGUCCUCUUCUCAGAUACUCGAACAACAUGCAAUGUUACAAGAUGCAUUUCUACGUUAUGACAUUUCAUGGACGUAUGAGGUAAAAGUAGUAAAAAGCAGUUCGAUGAGAAAGAGAAAAGUCUUAAGAGAGUGCGAUCCAGCGAAAAUUGGGGACAAUAAAUGUGAUCGUAACUGUAACUUCACCACGACAGGCUACGACGGAGGGGAUUGUUUGUCUUUGCCGUGUGACCAAGAACAAAUAGGGAACCAUUAUUGUGACCUGAACUGUAACCAGUACCGCUAUGGCUGGGACGGAGGUGACUGCUGUGAGACCGGUGAUAGAGGACAUUGCAUAGACCCCGAGUCGCCACACAGAACCUACCUGACCUUGUCUGAAUACAAAUCCAUGUUAAAUAUAUCCAGCAAAUCACACUUGAACGUGUUCGUCCCAGAGUUGAUUGCAGCCAGUAUCCUUGGACAGGCCACAUACCCCUGGGAGAAAGGGGCUUUAGAAGAACAAGGGGGAGUCGUUAUCGAUGCUAGCCGGUAUGGACGUCCAGGCUUUAUGUCUACCUUAGUCCACGAGGUAGGACACGUCCUGGGUCUCCUUCACGUGCAUCAUGGUGUCUCUGACCUCCGAUGUGAUGACCAAUGCGCCGAGUCACGCCCUUCUUUGGAGCUCGGGGAUUUGUGUUCAGAUACAAACCCGACUCCGAUGAAUUCCAAAUGCCGAGACCCGGAUGAAGUUACGUGCUCAGGGACAGUUUACAAAAACACGCCGUACCGAAACUACAUGAGUUACGCAGAGGGAGACAAUUGUACGGAUCAUUUCACUCCUCAGCAGGUGGCCCGUCUUCACUGUUACGCCGAUCUGAGGUACGGGACCUGGAUGACUGGGAGGGAACCUUCACCAAUACCAAUUGCACCAAGGAUACUAAACACUGCCGCAGACACGGUGACUUUGGCAUGGAUUCCUCCUCUCAACACCCAGAACGGGGACGAUGUGAGUCAGUACUGUUCCUUGUGUCACCAGGACGACUCUCUGGGCCAGUACGCCACCUCUGCGACCUCUUCCAACCCUGGGAAUUUGACUGUCAUGGUCACACCGGACGAAGUUUUGGGAGCCCCAGAUGCUGACAGGUGCACUCCUAGUCAAGGUAUUUGGUUCUCUGAGCAGGAUUUCUGUGAUAUGGAUUGCUUCAUAGACGUCGGCUUUAGUGUACCGGUUAUUCCCACUAGGUUGUUGUUGUGGGUGACGUGGAACACCGUGGACGCCAUAGCGGACGUUGAGCUCCACUUCAUAGAUGGCGCCACCGUAUCCUUGGGUCCAAUAACAGUGUUCUGUGAUAUGCCAUUCACAACUCACCUUGACGUCAACCAAAAAGUGAACAAGGUAUGUGCAUUUUGUUGACAAACCAUUUGUAUACAUAUAUGUGAUUAAAUUUUUGUACACAAACUUCUAGAACAAUGGUUGUUUUAACUGAUCAAACCGACUAUUAUUUGGUGAGAAUUGUUGUCCUCAUUUUAUUUGAUUUUACUUAAAAUGAUUUACUAAAGCUGUAUGAAUGCAAUAUCUAAGUUGAUAUAUACGUUACAGUUACAUAACCACUGCAACAUGUAUUUUUAACCUUAUAUUCUGUGUAAAUGAUGAAACCGAAAUCUUAAAAUGAAUUACGAAUAUUCUGUCUUAGAACAGGCAGAAGUUUUGAAAAUAAGAAAGCUUGUACACAUACCCGAUAUGCACGGUAUCGCUGUUGUGAUAACAACGUUCUAGGUAUGCACUAUAACGCACAACCUGACGAUUUAGGAUUCUUUAAUGUCAAUUUGUUGUGAAGCAGUGUUACUUUUAUGAUGGCGCCGUGCAAUGGUGUAUAGAUCCAUAACACCAACUGGGCCUACUAUCAUAUAUGUCAUUAAAAACCAGAGAGCGUAAAGUUUGGACGAUAUGCGCAAUAGUUCCGACUAAAAUAUUGUAAUCCUGCGAUGUGUGUUAUCUCACUCGCAAGGGUUGUCCUUUCGAUUUCCUCAUAAUUUCUGUCUUAGACUUGAUUAAACCGCCAACGUUACACUCUGCUGCAAAUAGCGACAGUAAUGAGAGGCGUGACCGACAUUAGCAGGGAGUGUGUACUCCAGCUUCUCUUACUCCCACUAAUUCCAGAUGGAA